AUCUUAUUAUAUUGUUUUUAUUUUAUUAACCGAUAAGUACUUCCCUAGACAAACAUCCUGCUUGACCUGUCACCCUCCCGUCCCGGUCCCCUCAAACAUUGUGAUUUUAGCAAGAUUGGCAAAUCUUUUAUCUCUUUUUAUCAUAUUUAAUUUUGUAUAUCCAUUGCUUUCUAAUGACCUUUGAAAGCUGAAUAACAUAAAAUCUUUGUUUACUUCUCGACUGGUCUAAUCUCGUGGAAGUGUUUUUGUUAUUGUGUCUCAAAUUCUAUCAGAAAGUUUGUUAAAUGGUGAUGCAUAGAUUGGCUUGACAAUACAGUUUUGUAUUUUGGCUUUAUCUGAAUCUCAAUGAUUCUAAAAUAUUAUAUGUCCCUAUUCUAGUGCUCUGAAUAGUUCAUAUAUUAUCGAAAGUCAUCGUGAAUAAUAAUUAUCAAGUGUAUCAGUGGAUUUGAAUUCUGUGGUGUGUUUUCCAUUAUGUAACUGAAAGAUGAAAUUGACCUAGUUAAUUAAUUUCAUAACAAUGUGCAAUAGUGGUGGUGUGUAGUAUUACUUAUACACAAACAAAAUAAUAAACAUUGUAAGCGACACGUGGGCCUCAGUGAAUUAAAAUCGAUAAAGACGUAAGCGCGCGCCUGUGUACUAACGAGGCGAUUCUACGUCCAAGGUCAAUCUAUAUAAACACGUGCAAUGUCGGAUUCUAUUUACAAUCAUGACUUUCUUUUAGAUUCAAAUUUUGAGAUAAAACAGGAGUCGCCCUUCGAGCUGGGUACGAUGUCUGCUUCCGUGCCCAUUCCAAAUAGACGUUCAGAUUUUGGUGACUUGAAUUCAGAAUUUGAUCUUUGUUUACAAGAUACUCAAGGGGGUUCAUUUCACAGUGUGCCCUCAUUGCAGUUCAACAAGUUUACAUUUGAUGAUAAUAGCACAAAACUUGAACCAUAUAAGAUGGAGGAUGAUGAUAUUUUCCAAGUAGACAAAGCAGAUUUAAUAUCUGGGCCAACACUAGCAGAGUUAAAUGCAAAUCCUGACACAUCCCUUGAUGAUUUGGACUUUGCAGAUUUGCUAAUGCCUGAAGAAUACUGUAUACAAAUAGGUGGUGCAAUGAGUGGUUCCAGAAAUGCAUUAAACUCAUUACAGACAGCUCCAAUGGCCUCUGAAAGUCCAUGUAGUCCAUAUAGUCGGGCUCAGCUGGCAUUUUCUCCCUCAAGUCAGCAUAGUUCCGCUUCAUCAAGUUUCGCACAGCCAAUGAAUCAAUUGCCAGAACUGCUGCUGCGUAUGGAUGGUUACAGUGGAGAAAUUUCAUUGGGACAGUCAGUUCCAGCAUCUUCAGUAUUGCCACCCUUCCCUACCAGUGUAAAAACACAACAGUCGGCACUGUCUUCAUCGGCACCAACACAUUUAACUAUGGAACAGAUAUGGCAGCGUCGUGAACCACGCAAGCAUCUAUUAUCGACCAGUUCUGUGGCUGAAGCUGGGUCUAUGUCUUCUUUAUCUGGUGGUAUCCUGAGUCCAGGGGCUGGGGAGUUCUCACAAGACGAAGAUGAUAGAGAUGAAUCCGAUGAAGAUAGUGACCGAUAUGAGGAUCUUUCUUCUGAUGAAUCAAACGACGAGAGUACAGAAAAGAGAGAGGCUCGUCAGGCAGCUAAAAAGGAAAGGUACUUCUGGCAGUACAACGUCCAAGCGAAAGGCCCGAAAGGACAGAGACUGGUGCUGAAGAAGAAGUCGGAAGACCCACACGUGCUGAAUUUGGUCACCGAUCCAGUUUUCAGCCCCAACUGUAAUGUCAAAGGAAUUAAACACAGUGGUAAAGCCAGAAAAGGGGACGGGAACGACCUUACACCAAAUCCAAGGAAACUAUAUCUCAUUGGUUUAGAAUUGGACAACUUAGGCAAAGUUAUUAAUGACAUGAUACCGGUCAGCGAGUUGCCGUUCAAUGUCCGGCCAAAAACCAGAAAGGAGAAAAAUAAAUUGGCCUCACGCGCUUGUCGGCUUAAGAAGAAGGCGCAACACGAAGCCAAUAAACUGAAAUUGUAUGGACUGCAACAGGAGCAUAAACGUUUAAUAAAUGGUAUUCACCAAAUGAAACAAGUGAUUGGGAACCGUGUGACCAACCCUGAGAACAAUGUUGAAUGGAGCUCGCACUUAAAUAAUAUUGUCACCAAAGCAACUGAGGUGAAAAUAGCUGGCAAAACGUCGGAAUUCGUGAACGAAAUCCUCGAUAAAGUGCGAGCGGGACAGAACAAUGGCGGCCUUUACGAUAUUUAAGGCGCCUCACACACGAACGUAAGGCUGUUUAUGUACCUCCAAAGUUAUCUCUAAAACCUUGUCCAAGACAUUUUGUAUUAGUCAUUAGUUUCGAACGGCAACUAGCGAUUUAGGAAGGGUCGAUUGUAUUAAUAUUUAACUUUUUAUUCCAUUUCUGUUAUAUUGUUACAGUAAACGUCAAAACAGAGAGAUUGACAUUUAGAUUUUUUUACAUAAAAACUACAACUAUUGUUAACGAAUCCGAAUAACCUUACUUUUGAUCAUCAGAAAAAUAAAACAAUUUUAAAUUUGAGUUUGUAUGUUAUGUGUAGAUAAAAUAGAUAUACCGAAUUUUUCAAUAUAUGUAGUUAUUACAAUCGACCCAGUUUUGCCAUAAUCUAGGUAUUGAUAGAUAUAAGCAUAUUGUUAAACCAAAUAGUGGUAAAAAUUAGUUAUGUUUUAUUUUAUUGCAUAGUUUAUUUUACUCAAAAAAACAAAUAUUUUGGAUCUUCUGUAAAAAACUGUGAUGAAUAAGUUUGACUUAUUGUUAAGAGUGGCCCUUUUAACCGACUCAGCCUUGAAGUAUUUAUUCAAAAUGCUAAUAAGUGCCAAAAUUAUUUAUUUUGCUGACUAAAAUAUAUUUUUCGAUGUGAAGUUUGAGAUUUAUAUAUAAUUUAUUUUUAUACUAAUAUGUAACGUUAUUUAUUGUUAUUUUAUGAGAAAAAUAUGUCUCCUUCAUCGCUACUAAAAUAAUUAUCCAUAUAAAUGUCCAAAGUAUAAGCGUAACUUAAUUCCUAUGUGCAUUAGAGGUCCUCAAACUAAAUCGUUACAUGCUCCCUCAAGGCGUAGGUCCGUACAGAUGUUUUAUAACUAAAUUUACAUUGAUUUUACCUUAAAAGAAAAUUACCAAAUUUUAUCUACAUUUUAUUUUAUUUUAUUAGCAUGAUCAUCAAUAAAUCAAUGCCAUUAUGGCGCUAAUAUUUAGUUGAUUACGAAAAGAAUUAAUUAAAAACUUAUUAUGGUUAAAGUAUAUUUUAAAAAUGGAGGUUUAAUAAUUUUAUAGGAUAAAAUAAGAAUGGUUAUAAAAAAUCAAUUAAACUAUAAUUCGUUUACAAUAUAGAACGAAUGUGCUAAUUUUACUUAGAUAUCUUAAUCACAUGUUUUCACAGGGCUAUUUGAUUAUAAGGUAAGGAUUUUUUGCAGUAACACGUAAGAUAUAUGUCAGGUAACCCUAUAAAGAUAUAAACAUAAGUGGUGUUGUGGGUUAGAAAUAUAUAUACAGUAACAAAAUAGGUAUUCAACCAAUAAUAAUUAAUGAACCGAUACUACGUUUUAAAAUCAUGUAGCGCCAUCUAGUGACUUAAGUUUCGUUAAUAAGUCAUAAUGGACAAAAGUAAACAUACUUGCAUUUAUAAAAUAUGGUGGUUUAAAAGGAGUAGACAUAUUUAAUUUUGACAGUUGUGUGACAUUUCCCUUAAACGAUGAGUAAAAUAACUGAC